AUGGACAUGGGAUUUUCAAAGAAGUAUCUGCCCGUGCCUGAAGCAGAACCAGAUGAUGAUACUAGCAGCGAUGCGACUGUGACGAACCGCCGACGGCGUCACUCAACCUCGCUAUUUUUCAAGCAAAACCUAGCCGCAAUCACCGUCAGCAGCCUCCUUCUCAUCUUAAUCCUGCUAGUCUUCACCAUCAUCGCUAUCCUCACAUUCGAGCCUCUCCGUGAGAUUCUCAUCGUCAAAUCGCCCCAAUUCAACUCAGGCGAUCUGCGCGGCCAGAGACAAUGUCUCCCAACAACCCCUCGAACAACACUCUCCUGCGGCAAUUCUACGGCUGAAGCUGAAUCCCUAGGCUGCAAGUACGACCCGCUGUCCGCGUGUUGGCUUCAUCGAGAGUGUCCGCACUACUAUUCUAAGGAGUUUGAGACGUUCAAUGCUGGCAAGCCAUUCAUUUAUUACUACGAUGAAGCUAUGACCCGCCAGAUGAAAGAUUUUGAUGAAGUUGGACACAAUACUCAGGGGUUCUAUUGGACUUCUUUGCGCGAGCAUCUGGUACAUUGUCUGUAUCUUCUGAGACGUGGACAUGAUGUUCAUAUGCGUGGAGAUCGACUUGAUGAUAUGCUUGCUAAAAUGGAGCAUGUGGAUCAUUGUACGAAUUUCUUGGCUAAUUGGUUUCGGCGACCGGAUCCUGCGUUGGAUUAUCCGGUUGGUACGCAGGGGACGACAAAUUGUUUCAUGUCUUGUAGUUGA